UCUGCUCUGGCUCUUCCCUCGUGGUCUUCUCUGUCGUCUCAAGUCCUGAGGAAGCUUCUCAAUCUCAACGGUCCAUGAGAAGGCCUCACUUCAAAGCCAACCUCAUCAUUCAUACAGGUGACUUGAGUCAUGAGGACUCUGGGUCAGCAGGAACAUUUGUGGAUGUGGCCUCACCAUCCUCAGCUCAUCUUUUGGGUGGCCUUCUCAUGACAGACAAGAAUCCAGUGUCUGUCGUCCAAUCAGAGCUCACGGGCUCAUCAAAGGGCAACAGAGAACAGCCUGCAUUUUCCUCCAUACUCACUUUGCAGGCCAGCACAGCUCAAAAAUCUCCUAAACAUGUAACAUCAAAAGCCACUCCAGAGAGUCCCUUUACAAGAGACGAUGAAACUCAUCGAUGGGCUUCUUUAGAGAGAGUGGAGUCGUCAUUCGCCCUUCCGUCUUCUUCUGAACUGAUCAGCAACCACUCUUCCAACUCAGAGUGGAUAUCUAAACUGUUGUCAUCUGAGUCUACAUCCAAAGCUGCCGACCUUCACCGUAAUUCCAACAAAUAUUCACCUGAUCAUAGAAACAAUACUGCACCCAACAGAACUUCAGCUACAAAUGUGGACACACAACGAGAACAAGCAGAGGUCACGACCAUUGCUGCAUCUCAACCUACAAUGUUUACCAGAAAUACUGUUACCACCUCCACAACCAGCACCCCCGCUACUACAUUCACAGAGCUGACCAGCACUACCCAUUCAACCAGUGCUAAACAAAACUCUAAAAAAACUAAAACACUUAUCAGAACUACAACCACACUCCAAGAAUCUUCAAAAGCAACACCUAGAAUGCUGUCUCCCUCAACCUCACAAAGUGCUAACACCACCCCGUCAAGAAGCACAUUAGCCUUUCAAAGACCUGCUGCCACUGAAGCAAUGUUGUUCAGGUGUAUCAUCACUGACAGGAUGUGGAUAAAGACAGUGCUGUCCAUACAGUUACGGAGUCGUCGUCUAGACAGCAUUUUGAAGCAGAAUCUCCCUAGAGGAUUUACCCAAGCGCUGAAGAAGGCCUUGAAUGACAGCACAGUUCAGGCUAAGAUUGAGAGAAUCUCCAGCACUCCGGACGUGACGGUUGGUUACUAUGUGAUGGGUGGAGGAAUGGUGUACACUUCCUCAGUAGUGGUGGAGGCUCUGACUGUCUAUGGAGUUGAGAGAUUAAUGGCGGACAUCCGGCAGUUUGUGCCGCUGGUGCAAGUCAUUCCCAUCCCAGCAGUCCCCUGGAGAUCCAGCCCUGCCAUCUCACUCAUGCUGAAGACAGUCAUGAGGUUUGUUGGUGCGGCUGAUGACCUUAGGUCCUGUAGGUUUGCUCAGAUGAUGGAGCAGAGACUGGAGAAUGCUUUUGUUGAAGCAGAGGCUAUAGCGCUCAACUCUCACAGUGCUCUCACUGUACAGAUCUUGAGCGUAUCUCAGUCUUUGGGUUCUCCUGCUGUAUCUCUUAUUUAUGUGGUUCAUAAUGGUAGUAUCAUUCUUAAUGGCACAACAGCCUGUAACCUCCUCAGCCGUUUGACAGCCGAGCUUGUGGGCUACUUCCUAUUUUACCCUCCACUGAUCACUGCUGAGCCUCUGGAGUACCACAACCUCAACACUUCUGUAGAAACCAGGCCCUUUUGGGUGAUCACAGUGGUUCAGGAUGUGGAGAUCUCAUCUCUUGAGGGACAGUACCAGAGCUUUGCCAGUCUGAUGGAGGAGCGCUUGGCUGAACUCUUCAUGGUGGCCUAUCAGCAGGGCAUGCGCUUUAAACGCGCAACAACAGUGGGCAGUUACACCGUCCAAAUGGUGAGUAUGAGGCAUCUGCAUGGGCCAAAAAACCCAGCUGAGAUGACCUACUAUGUCCAGCAGAAUGGGACUCCAAUGCUUGGCACAUCCACAGCCAAACUGCUUAACACAGUGGACUCGCAGACCAUGGCGCUCACACUGGGAUAUUUUGUCCAACUACAGGCUGAAGCUGUGGUGAAGAAUCCACCCAACAACCUAUGGAUCAUCGCUGCAGUGCUGGCGCCCAUCGCUGUGGUAACCCUUAUCAUUAUCAUCAUCACCACGGUGCUGUGCCAAAAAAACAAGAGUGAUUUUAAAAGUGAUCCCGUUGGCAGCUUCAACCCCAGAGUGAAGACUGCUUACUGGAGAGACGUGGGUUAUUACCCUCAGCCUGUUCAGGGGUUUGACUAUGCCAAGCAGCACCUGGGUCAGCAGGAUGGUGAUGAGGGUUCCCUCUCAGUUACCCAGGAGACCAUGAUUCUGCCACACCCCAUUAAAGAUGCCCCACUGUCCUUAGGCAAGACCGUUCGUCAAGAUGGAUCCUCCUCUAAGAAGAACUUGACGAGUGAGAUAAGGAAAAGUAAGUUGCCGAGUGAGGAUGGCUCUGUCAUCAGCAGUGAAUCAGUGAAGAGAGUCUCGGGCAAGAGAUCGUGUGUGCAAAAAGCCACAGCGCAGCAAAAACCUGUGACGAGGAAGAUUAAUGAUCGUUAUAAUAGUUCCUCAAGAUCGCUUCAGCUUAUUUCCAUAAAACCCAUGGCUACCCCACCCAACUACUCACACCCUGCAUCCUCCGACCGGAGUCAGGACUCCGCCAUACUGCAUGGAGAGGUCAAUUUGGCUCUGAAACAGAAGUCUGACAUUGAGCACUACAGGAAUAAGCUCCGGCUGAAGGCCAAGAGGAAGGGUCACUAUGACUUCCCUUCUGCUGAGGGGAGAGGCAGCAUUAAAGACUUGCAUGAGCGACAUAAAUACAGCCACAGCAGGCCUCCAGAACCUCACAGCGGAGCACAAGAACAUGAAGAUGACAAGGGAUCCACAUAUGUGAAACAUCGCAUCAGAGGCUCUCAGGUGAGACAGCGUCCCACUCAUCGCAGUAGACAGUCUCUGAACAGUCCCAGUCCUGGAGGUACUGAGAUGAAUCUUCUGGUCAUGAGAGAAAUACCCAGAAAGGGGAUCCGCAACAGUGGCUAUGAUACCGAGCCAGAGAUUAUCAAAGAGACUGACGUGGACCGACUGGUGGGCCGUCAUUAUUAUGGUUGUGUUCGUCAAAUCAAAAGUCAAUCUGAGACGUCCACGCUCAGCUCUCAGCCAUCCAUAGAUGAGGUUCGUCAGCAGAUGCAUCUCCUGCUGGAGGAGGCCUUCAGUCUGGCUUCAGCUGGCCACUCCAGCUCCACCAGACACCACUACAUUCAUCAGCAUCCUCCACUAGGGCCCUAUGGCUUAGGGCAGGUCGUCCCAUACUCAGAGGUGGUGACCAGCGCACCAGGCACCACGAGUCAAGGGCAGGGGGGCCUGCAGUGGAUGCCAUCCUACAGACCAGACCCUUACCAGUAUAGUCUGGCCAAACAGGCGUUCAGGUUCACUCAGCUGCCUGAUAUGGCUCUCGGAUCUCCACCACCACCAGUCCCACCAAGAACAGGCCCUCCACCUGAGACAUCACUGAGAAGGUCAUCAUCUGAUCUUGGUCCAAAGGAUCACUGCUCUGAGUCAUCAGUGCAAAUUCAGCACAAUAGCCCCCCCUAUAGGCCAAACAGCAGAGUGGCACUUCCACCGGUCACAACAGAGCCCAUUCCCAACCACUCAGGAAAUCCCAUGACUGCUGUGUAUGCCAUUCCAGCUACUUGUCCUGGAAACACAGGCUUCUUCAUCUCCACGCCACCUUCAUCAUAUCACAGCCCGUCCUGGAUGUCCUACCCUCCUGAGCCUGAGGACAUGCCUUCUCAGUGGGCCGAAUCUCUUCCUUUACCAGGAUACGCAGAGGCCUUUCCUCACCCCCACUAUCCUCAGGGCAGCCCGCUCCUGUGGCACCACAUCCAGGCCACAUCCACUCAGGGCGGUCCGGACCACAGGCCCUCAUCCAUGGCAGAGUCCCAGCAGAGUCUAACAGAGCCUGGGGAUUCGAUUGGUCCUGACAUCCCGCUCAGCAGCCUUUCCACCUCAGCUCUGGUCCAAGCCAUCUGCGAUGAGGUGGCCAAACUGGCCAAGAAGCAAGCAGGCAUGUUUGAGUUCAAGGUUUAG